AUGUCAGAUUCUAAGAAAAGCGAAGUCCAACGCGAUAGCCUUUCUCCUUUAGAACGUAUUGGAACCAAUGCUCCAGAUGACAGGAUAAAGUCCUCUGAUUUGACGAAGCAUGGUCAUCCCUCAUUAUUUCAGGAUGACGUGCCCAAAAACAAUGGAAACGAGUUCUUGCAGUUUAGAAGCAGCUUCAAUACGUCAAAUACGACGGGUGCCAAUGGGGGGUCUAAUGGUCCCAACAAUGCUCCUUUUGACCAACAAAGAAUCCCGCCAAAUUACACAGACCACCUUCAGGUCAAGGACAGUUAUUUGACCGGGAGAAGUCUUUUGUAUUUCACCUCCAUUUUCGUGUCCCUUGGUGUGUUCUUGUUUGGAUAUGACCAAGGUGUCAUGUCUGGUAUUAUUACCGGCCCUUAUUUUAAGCUGUACUUCAACAAUCCUUCCGCUGCCACAAUCGGUACAAUGGUUUCCAUCCUUGAAAUCGGUGCCUUGGUGUCGUCCUUGAUGGUGUCCAGCAUUGGUGAAAAAUUUGGACGUCGUUUCACCAUCAAAUACGGAUCCCUUAUUUUCAUCAUUGGUGGUUUAAUUCAAACUGUCUCGUGGAGAAUGGGGUGCUUGGUCUUUGGCAGAAUCAUCAGUGGUGUGGGCGUAGGCUUGUUGAGUACUAUCGUCCCAAUCUACCAAUCGGAAAUUAGCCCCCCUCACAAUAGAGGGAAAUUAGCUUGUAUUGAAUUCACUGGUAACAUUAUCGGCUACGCGUCAAGUGUCUGGGUUGAUUAUGCUUGCUCAUACAUCAAAUCAAACACCUCCUGGAGAUUGCCAUUGUUUAUUCAAUGUGUUAUGGGGCUGUUGUUGUUUUUGGGAUCAUUCGUCAUCGUCGAAACUCCUCGUUGGCUAUUAAACCAUGACCACGACAUCGAGGGCCUUGUUGUCAUUGCUGAUCUACAUAGCGAUGGUGACGUUUUAGAUUCAAAGUCCCAUGAGGAAUAUAGACUGAUUAAAGAAGCAGUUCUAAUAUCUCGACUGGAAGGUGAAAAGAAAUCUCUACGUUUCGCUUUCAAACGUUAUAGAACAAGAAUGUUAAUAGCCAUGAGCUCACAGAUGUUUGCCCAAUUGAAUGGUAUCAAUGUUAUCUCUUACUAUGCCCCUCUUGUGUUUGAACAAGCUGGAUGGGUCGGUAGAGAAGCACUAUUAAUGACGGGUAUCAAUGCCAUCAUCUACACGCUGUCAACAGUUUUGCCCUGGAAGUUAGUCGAUAAGUGGGGUAGAAAACCUAUUCUAUUAUCAGGCGCUUUAGUUAUGGGUACCGCUUUACUAUCAAUAUCCAUCUCCUUAUGGGCGAACAUUUCUGCUACUCCAAGAUUAGUGGUGAUAUUUGUGAUUAUUUUCAAUGCCUUCUUUGGUUACAGCUGGGGUCCCAUUCCUUGGUUAUACCCUGUAGAAAUUGCUCCUUCAACAGUUCGGUCGGCAAUGGCUUCUGCGUCAACAGCUACUAAUUGGUUAUUUAACUGGUUAGUAGGUAUAAUGACUCCAAUUUUGCAGGAAAAGAUUCAUUGGAGGAUGUACUUGAUCCACACACUGUCUUGUUAUUUGUCCGCAUGGGUUGUUCUCAAGGUAUAUCCCGAAACAGCAGGUUUGCGGUUAGAAGACAUGGAUUCGGUAUUUGAUGACAGGUCAUCAACUUUCAGUUUCCAUUCUGGCGCUUCUGUAGACAUGGAGCAGCAAUCUCAUCAUGUUAAUCAAGGAAAUGAUAUUGCUCCAUCUACCAGAUCUCGCAAAAGUAUGCAAUCUUUGUCUCAAUCAGUGUUUGGUAAGGACGAGAUCACACCUCCAACUCUUGCUCAGGUUUUGAAGUGGAAGGAUGAAAAAAUUGACAAGAAACCGUUGAAGAAAAUCAUGAGAAGAGGGUCCGAAACAGUGUCACUCAUCUAUAAUAAAGUACGGAAUUUGGCUGGAACUAAUCCAUCAGAUCAAAUUGAGUAUGGAGCAGUUUCUAAUAGUCAACCGGUUGAUGAUGAAACACCUUCCUCCUAA